CCCAAAAACUCCAUUGCUGGCCCUGCACCUUAUAUCUUGAUUCUAAGGUUUUCGGCCGAAACUAUAAUAAUAAUAAUAAUAAUAAUAAGCUAAAACCCUUAAUUUUUCAGAAGAAAUCAUCCAAAAACCUCUGCAAAAUUCAUCAAUGGCGUCCACCAUUUCCAGGAAGACUAACCACUUUCGUUAUUUCUAUCGCUCAUUAUCCUAUUCCCGUCUUCAACGAUGUUCAUCUCCAUUGCCAUCUUCACACCUCAAUGACGCGGUUCAAUUUCGACGACCUCUUGCUCUUCUUCUACAAUCGGUAUUGCCUCGAGGGCUUGGAGUACAAUCUUUAACUUUGUAUCAGAGAUGUCUAUUUUCAACUACGACGCCUAAUACUAAUGCUGGAAAUGAAGCAUCGAAAGUAGGAGAAGAAGCUAAUACUGGCAAAGAGGAGAAAUCCGGGGAAUCGAAUCAGAAGCAAAGCGAUUCUGGGAAAUCUGUUCGCGGAGGGCCAGUUUCUUGGUUGAGUUUUAUUUUGCUGUUAGCCACUGGACUGGGAAUUAUCUUCUACUAUGAUACGAAAAAGAGAAAACAUAUUGAAGAUAUAUAUACUGCUUCAAAAGAAGUAAAAGAAGGACCAGCUGUUGGAAAAGCUGCAAUUGGAGGCCCAUUUAAUCUUAUCAACCAUCAAGGAAAGAGAGUGACUGAAAAGGAUUUCUUGGGAAAAUGGACGUUAUUGUACUUUGGUUUUACUCACUGUCCUGAUAUCUGCCCAGAUGAGUUAAUAAAGUUAGCUGCUGCAAUUGAUAAAAUAAAAAAAAAAGCAGGGCUUGAAAUUGUACCUGUGUUCAUCUCUGUUGAUCCCGAGAGAGAUACCGUCGAGCAAGUUGCUGAAUAUGUCAAAGAGUUCCAUCCAAAGUUAAUAGGGUUAACAGGAGAUCCAGAUGAGAUCCGGAGUGUUGCUCGUGCAUAUCGAGUCUACUAUAUGAAGACAGCAGAGGAAGAUUCUGAUUAUCUUGUUGAUCAUUCCAUAGUCAUGUACUUGAUGAGUCCUGACAUGCAGUUUGUGAAAUUUUUUGGAAAGAAUAAUGAUGUUGAUUCACUUACUGAUGGUAUAAUCGAGGAGAUAAAGAACUACAAGAAGUAGAAUUCAGUUUUGUUCUUGUUGACAGACACAAAGUGCCUUUGGGAAUUAUUCAUUUUUGGACUAUGAUCGAUAUGCCAAUUUCUUGGACCAUUUCAGAAGAGUAUGAUGAAAUGGUGUUAGAAACAUUGAGGCUUAUAAGGAAUUUAAAAUAUUGCUGAGAAAUAUUAUGAAAUAAUUGUUUUAUUACACACAUAAAGGAGAGCAUCCAAUUUGAACUUUCA